AUGAACAUGUUCAAUCAUGGGAAUACUGUUACUUUUCCCGAAGGCCCUCGUAUUGAUGCUAAUAAUUUCGAGUUACGCAUGACCCUUAUACAAAGGGUCGAGCAAACUCCUUUUGCAGGUAGGGCCACCGAGGAUGCCAACCGCCAUCUCUCCAAAUUUGUGGAAAUCGCGAACACACUCAAGUUAAAUGGUGUCGACGACGAUGCCAUAAGGAAUGAUAUCGUUGCUGCCUUCCUCGACAAGUACUAUCCGCCAAGCACAAUCUUGAAGCUGAAAAGCGAAAUCUUUCAGUUCUUCCAAGGCCACGACGAGCCCCUCUAUGAGGCGUUCGCUCGUUUUAAAGCUCUCCUCCGAAAGUGCCCUAACCACGGGGCAAACGGGGGAUUUUUGAGAAGGUCGGGUGAAGAUGCCAUGGCAGUGAUCGAGGAAUCCGCCGCCAACAGCAGGGGGUGGUCGAAAGAAAGGCAUAGCAUGAAGAGGAUAGUUGCAAUUGAAGAGGCCGAGGAAAGUUCUUUUGCGAAGGAAUUGGCCGAACUCAAAGUUAGGGUGGACCAAAUGGACACAUCUAGGAAGGAGGAUCCGAUUCCACCAACCUCCAUCAUAGCGGUCUCUAAAAUCGAAACUCCUGUCCCUGUAGUGGAGGAGAUCAACUACAUGCAAGGAGGCGGUUCCAACAGAAACUACAACAACAAUUAUCGCCCUAAUCAGGGGGGCGGAUUUAGCGUUGGCAAAGGAGGAGUAGUUGAAACAAGCAAAAAAGGAGGAGAAGUAUGA